AAUGACAAAAGCACAUUAUCAACUUCCCCAGUAGUUUGCAGGAACAGAUCCAAGCUUCUACUAACCCACUGAAAGAAAGGCAAUCCUGCUCUCUGCCCACCGUCGCCCCUCUCGCCAGAGGAAUGGAGGGCUGGAUCACGUGACUGCCGGUGAACUUGCCGCUCCAGCCCCUGAAAGCAAAGUGUAAUUUGAAGAAAAGAGAACAAAGAAAUCAGAGAGUAUAAAAUCCCUCGGCUUGCCUGAGCCGGGUCACAGUAAAGCUCGUACAGUUGAAGCGGCUCGCGCGCAGGUGCUGCGUCUGCGUGCGGCUCUCCGUCAUCAUGCGAUCUGCACAGCUCCUCUCUGCGCUCUUCUACUGCAUAGCGUGCAUCCAUUCCCUACCUGUACCAGACGGAAACAGCCACAGGUACAGACCUGCUGCGGACUGGCCUCAGAAGACCCAUCACCAUGGCCUCAAGAAGCGGGGUCGACUUCAUCAUGUUCAGGAUACCCUGAAUGAAGACUUUAGCAAUAAGAGAGCGCAACCACACACUCAGUUUUGGAACAGGCCGCGUUGUGGAGUCCCAGACUACCCUUCAGAGAAGGGGGGAAGCUCUCUUCAUUUCUCAGCCCACAAAGGAGGUUUGCUUGGGGGCCGCCACCGACGAAAACGCUUUGAUUUGUUCCCAGGACGCUGGGACAAAACAGACCUCACUUACAAGAUCAUUCAGUCCCCCAGGCAGAUGAAUCUGGAGAGAGUCAGAUACGUGAUAAGAGAAGCACUGCGGGCCUGGAGUGAUGAAACUCCUCUAAACUUUACUGAAGUCCUCAGCGGCCGGGCUGAUAUCAUGUUUGAUUUUUACAGGUAUUCACAUGGGGACUACCUUAAUUUUGAUGGACCAGGAGGAAUUCUGGCACAUGCCUUUUUCCCCAGAACAUACCGGGAGGGAGAAAUUCACUUUGACAUGGAUGAGUCUUGGACAUUAGGCAACAGUAUGGGUACUGACCUCCUCCAGGUAGCAACUCAUGAAAUUGGCCACGUUCUAGGACUCCAGCAUUCUAAAGUACCAGGUGCAGUGAUGGCACCUUUCUACACCUUCUCCAACCCUGUCCGACUAAGUGAAGAUGACAAACGAGGCAUACAGGCCUUGUAUGGAUCCAAACGUUCAGAUGAAACAGUAAAGGCGGCAGAGAGACGACCCACAUUCACAGAAAGAAAUGAGAUUGACGCAACAUUUUUUCCACCUGUCCACCCAAAUCCUUCUCAUCCCGAUGCUUGCCAGACCAACUUCGAUGCUGUAUCCAUGAUCCGAGGCGAGCUGUUUUUCUUUAAGUCGGGUUAUGUGUGGCGGAUCCGUGAUGGUAAACUCCAGGCGGGAUAUCCUGCACUGGCAUCAAGACACUGGAGAGGAAUUCCAGACAACAUUGAUGCUGCUUUUGAGGACAUGUCUGGGAAUAUAUGGUUUUUCCAAGGCCAGAAUUACUGGGUGUUUGAUGCAGAGCGGCAGAUCACAGGGCCAGACUCUGUACAGCGACUGGGACUAUUGGUGAACGACAUCCAGGCAGCCCUCAUGUGGGGAGAUACCAAGGCCCAGAAGAUUUACUUCUUCAAGAAAGGAAGCUACUGGCGAUUCAACCUGAAGGAAAACCGUGUAGAGUCGAUGCACCCUCGCAGCAUGAGCGACUGGAGGGGGAUACCUAGUGAUAUAGACGCUGCCUUCCAAGAUCGAUUCGGUUUCGCCCACUUCUUAAGAGGGAAGCAGUACUGGAAGUUUGACCCAGUGGAGGUGAGGGUGCUGGAGGGAUACCCACGAUACAUCGGCGUGGAUUUCUUUGGUUGUUCUGCAGCCUUGUAUCGAUAAAUCCUGGGUCCAAUUAGAUGUAAUGUCUACCAAUGAUCAUUUUAAUGCACAUACUGCAAGUAGCGCCACAGACAGUGUGAACCAUUCAAUGUUAAGUAUGGAUAUUUCAGCAGGGUUAUUUGUUUUAUCAGGUAAAGUGUCAGAUGCAAAAGAAUCUGACCACUGGAAUAAACACAAAUCUGUGGCUUAAGCAGAUUCUGUGUAUCUACUCAAUCUGUGACUUGUAUGAGAUCUGCGCCACUACACCAUAUGCAGAAUCUGAAAUUAAUUAUUCCUAGAUGUUCUGUUAUGCAACUAAAUACUCUCAUCUCUCAGGUAAAGCAGGAAAUUUUGGUCUCAAAAUAUUUUUCGUACGCAUUGUGUACUUGAUUAUUUAUUAUUUGUAUAUUUUGGCAGUAUUGAUAGUGUUAGGAAGACAUAACAGUGGUUCUUUUUGAGAAACGCCAUUUUAGAUUACAUUACAACAUUAUAUAAAUUAUUUUGCUAAAUUGUAGCAUGCUGUUGGCUGCCACAGAUUAUUUGGUUUUUAAUAUCAAGCAGAAACUGCAUUACUCAGAAUGUCAUUCUUAAAAAUAAACAUUCUGUCAUCAUUUUGUGUCCUUUCAAACUCAUCCUAAUAUUUAAAGUUGAAGUCAGAAUUAUUGGACCCCCUUUGAAUUUUUUUAUCUUUUUAAAAUAUUUUUAAAUGAUGUUUAACAGAGCAAGUACAUUUUCACAGUA